AUGGAGAUGAAUGUUGUGAGCACACUGUUUGAUGAAUUGUAUAUUCUAUUUGAUGAAUAUAUAAUUAAUCAUAGCAAGCAUUUUCACGAAUAUAAAUCCGUUUUUAAAAAAAAAGAAUUGAUUGAACUAAUAAAAAACUAUGAAAAUGGAUUAAUACCAACUGAAAAAAAUGUUAAGAAUAAGGAUGAACUUAUUGAUCAUUUAAUAUAUGCAUUUAAAUUAAUUGGAAAAUAUAUAAGCAGUAGUGAUAUUUUUUCAAAAAAUGAAGAUGUCGAUGAUAUUCACACAAACUAUUUGAAAUUUUUAUUAAUACCUCAUAUAUUAGGUACCUUAUGUUAUGAAACAAUUAAUAUAGAUAUACGAUUUGAUAGACUUAAAGAUGCUAAAUUAUAUUUUAAUGAAUUUAUUACUAUUGUUAAUAUAUAUAAUAUAGUACAAAUAAAUGAAUAUUUAUAUGAUGAUAAUGAUGAUAAUAAAAAUUGUGAUCGAGAUUCCUAUAAAAGUAGUAAUGGUACACAUAAUGCAAUAAAUAGAAGAAAUAUAAAAAUUAAAAGAGUUAAAGAUGAAAAAAAAUAUCAACAAAUAUAUAAUGAACUAGCUAAAACGAAUUUAAAAAAACGUGAAAAUAUAAAUUUCACUUUCCAUAAUGAUAAUGAUAAUUUUUAUCAUGACAAUCAUGACGAUGAAGAAUAUAGAGAAAUGUAUUUAUCCAUAAUUAAAUAUAAAUUAAUUCAAACCUUAAAUACAAUAGAUUUAAUGGAUACAGAAAUGCUUGUUCUUGAAAUGAGAAAUAAAGAAAUUAGUAAAAAAAAUUAUGAAAAAAAAAAUUAUGAACAUGGUCAUAAUUUCCCUUCAUUGUCUAAUGAUAAUAAACCCGCUAAUAACACUAAAAAACCAGUGAUUUUUAAAAUUAAAAAAAAUAUGCAAAUUUCAGAUAUUACACAAAUUCGUAACUACUACAAAGAAUUAGUUUUUAAACCUUUUCAUAAUUUACCAACAAUUUCGUUAGAAGAAUGUGCACAAAUCGAAUCACAAUAUGCAUUAAAAGGUAUUAACAAUUCAGAAAAUAAAAAUAAAAAUAAAAAAAUAAAAAAUAAAAACAUAGGAAAUAGUGAACUAAGCGAUAGCGAUGAUGAUAAUGAAGAUGAUGAUUAUUAUAAAAAGUGUAGGGAAGAAGAACUAGAGAAAGAUAAAAAUGAUCGCGAAUGGGAUGAUUGGAAAUAUAUGCACCAAAAGGGAAUAGGGAACAAAAACAGAAAUAUCACAUAA